AUGGCUGAUCCACCGGUAGCCAGUCAGUGAACGCCAGAGGAGCUGUUGUGGUUAAUGUGCAAUCCGGCAGGGGAAGGGCAGAUUACCACAGAGAACUUGUACCGAAGUUCUUGUAACUGUUGAUCCAGGCUCCAUGUAGACUCUUGAAGACAUUCAGGAACAGGCUUUACCCUACCAAUAUUUGCCAUAAAGGAAUUAUAUAAUAUCAAUUGUACAACAGAAUACUCAUUUUGAGGGAUAGUUUGUGACCGUGUCAACAGCAGAUAUGGCUGACUUCAGUGCCCAGCCAUCAUCUUCUCCAAGCAAAGUCAGUCAGGUGCAAGAUCAAGUUAAUGAUGUCAAAGUUAUCCUCAAAGACAACAUCAACAAAGUCUUGGAGAGGGGAGAGAGGCUUGAUGAUUUGAUCGACAAGACUGAUGAUCUACAGGCAACCGCGGAUUCAUUUCAGAAAACAUCAACACGAGUUGCACGAAAAUACUGGUGGAAGAAUAUAAAGAUGAUGAUCAUCAUUGGUGUCAUUGUAGCGAUCAUCAUUAUUCUCAUCAUUCUGCUGGCUACUGGUGUCAUCCCUUCAUAACUGUCUGGCUAUAUGAUUGUCUGUGGGUCGCAAAUAUGUAUAUAUGUACUUAUAUGUAAUAUUGUACAUAGAAAUGUUUAUUGAAUAUGUUUCAUAUCCUACUUCAAUAUUUUCAACUUGAAUUUAUUAUACGUGGAAAUGACUAUAGAAAUAUGGCCCAUGAUGUGGCACUUAAGCAUUUCUCAGGUAUCAUUCAAUUGUUUUUAAAUUGUAAUUGUAAUUGUUUAAUUCUAAUAUAAACACCAACUCACUCCUAUACGUCAAUGUCAAAGCCAAAAUUAAUGGACAAAAUCUAAAUUAAUAAAUGACAAUUAGUAUGUGCAAAUCAGUUCAAUCAGUUUCCCAUACUUGAAUUGUUUAUUUGUUGAGAAAUGUAGAGGUGUGAAAAAUGUUGAGAGUAUAGGGGAAUUCUGUCAAGUGGGCUGUGUGAACAACAUGUACAGUUAAAAGCACUACAGUACAUACCAAAUCGUGUACCAGUGGAGCUAAAUGCAAUAUAGAAUGGAGAUCGUUGAGUAAUAACUGAAGUUUAUUGUCUUUUGUUUCAAGAUGUACAUUAUCCCAUGAUUUGCUUCUACUUGUGACAAACAUCUGAAAUGGAAAGAGUUUAACUGCACUAAAAGCUUUGGAUAAAUAAAAAACG